AUGCCCGGCGGGGGACGCUUUUCACGAUCGCGCACCGGGUGUCUUUCGUGUCGGACCAGACACAAUAAAUGUGAUGAGAUAAAGCCAAGUUGCUCUUUCUGCUCUACAAGGGGCCUUGAUUGUCAAUGGCCGUCGGGGUUGAAAUGGGUUCAAAAGUCCCAGCUCACCUUAUCAAGACCCAGGUCUCGAUACAGAGAUACGGAGAAUAUCGAUGAUACCAGGCAGCUCAGCCUGCCUCCAUCUCUCUUCGAGAAUAGUCCAUUUGAUUCUGAUGAAGAGAAAUUGGCAUGGGAAUAUUAUGUGAGACUGGUCUCGUCAAAUGUCCCUGCAUUGGACGGACCAGAUAAUCCCUACCGGCACCUAUCAUUUGUCGCACUAUCAUCCCCUAUCUUGCGUGAGACAAUCGUCUGCAUAGCCACGGAACACAUGCUGAACUUUGGCAUGGGCAGUGUAUCGAGCGCCGCACAAUGCCAGCAGCGAAUGCUACGCACUAUAGGCCAGAAUCUCCAAUUGGUCACUCGUCCAGGUACCUGUGUGACCAAAGAUGUUGCAACAACAGGCACAAGCAUGGUAGACCACGAAGCUCUGCUCACAGCCGUUGUAUUACAGGGCGUUGUUAUCGCGCAGUCGGAAGAUGGCGUUCUAGAACCCCAUAUGCGAUGCGCCUCGUUUCUCAUGGAGUCGUUAGACUACUUUCGCCACAUACCACAUUCUGCUCUCAUGCGAAUGACCGUGCAGCGGUUUGCCAUGGUUGAUCUUAUGCUGGCAUUCUCGCGGCAGCGGAAACCGUAUGCACCACGGGACUUCAUGCUCUUUCGGCCCGAUACAGAGAGAUGGGAUCAGUCGGAGCCGUCGUUCCACAAAAUGACUGGCUGUCCCCAGCCACUGAUGUGCUUCAUGGUACAUAUCGCACACUUGGCGUGCGAUAUGGAACAACGAAUGGAAAAUGAUGUCCCAAUCGACGACUUACUUACACAGGCAUAUGGCCUGGAGAGCGAGCUCCGUUUAUGGGGUGCACAAUAUACAGAGCCCAUUCCAGAUGACUGUGUGCGCCCACCCUUGGACAUCCUGACGGAGUGUUUCUACUGGAGUUCGCAUCUCUUACUUGCACGACGUGUGUUUCGUGAUCCAACACGCUCACCCCGGGUCCAACAUCUAGCACAUACUUGUUUUCGUCUUAUGGAUCAACUUUCGACAGGCUGUGGACCUGACUCAUCUCUUCCCCAACCUUUCUACCUUGCUGCGCGUGAGGCAAUCACUUUGGCAGACCGGGACUGGGUGCGACAAAAACAUGAGUCGAUGACGGCGUAUUAUCGGGAGCAGCAACGGAAUAUGGCAAUGCGGUUGACGGAACAGGUUUGGGAGAUUAUAGAUCAGACCGAGUUGAACAGUUUAGCGAUUUCUCGUGCGGAAAAGCGGAUCAAGACACUGGACGAACAGUCUUGCCUAUUCAUUUUUUGA